UGCAGCAGCGUGACUACAGCCGGUGCAGCAUGUGAAAGUCCAGAACAAGAGACUCUGUCCUCUUCCCCCCCCAGCUCGGGCUAUACACAUUUUGCAAACGAUAUUUUAUCAUCAAACAAUUCCAUCGCACUUAUUCCUCCACUGAAAUGCCGUCAUGUCGCGCGUAAAUGUGAGCUGGAUUAUUACGGUGCUCGCUGUGGAGCUCGUGGUACUGUCCGUUGCGCGUGCUCACAGCUGUCGCGAAGUGAAGACGGCGUUUCAGGUGCGCCAGAUCGGUCCUCUCAAAUGGGUGCCGGAGACACCUGCCACAGAUGUGGACCUCUCGGUAUGUAAAUACACUGGGCCAUCAUGCUGUACGCGAAAAAUGGAGGAGAACUACAGAGCAGCAGUCCUGAGAGACACUACCCAGAACAUCAAAUCAUACAGCUUUGAGCUGAAAUUUCUAAUUUCUGAACAUACCACAGCCUUCCAGGAUACGUUCCAGUCUCUGCUCUCCUUCUCUCAGAGCCACCUGACUUCUCUGUUCGAGAGCAUAUAUACCUCUGUCUCAUCUUCCAUCACCCCUCACAUCAUCUGCCUCUUCACAGACCUCUCCCACUUCCUUCAGGGUACCGGCAAUGUCUCAGUGGAAAUGGCCGUCAACAGUUUCUUUGACAAUCUCUUCCCAUUGGUCCACACUCGUAUUGUCAAUCCCGGCAUGGCUGGGAGCAUCAGCAUGGGCGCUUCUGACAGCAACCAGCUUGGUGACUGUCUUCGCAUGACUAGGCAGGACAUUAACCCUUUUGGGCCGCACCCCUUGGCAAUGGCAGAGGAGCUGGUGAGCGCGUUGCGGGCAGGACAGGCUUUUAGCCUGGCACUGGCUGAGGGGUCAGAGCUGAUGAACAUUACUGACACGGCAGAGUUGUCCAAGGAGUGCGUGCGAGCUCUGGUGCGCAUGCAUUACUGCUCUCACUGUCGCGGGCUCACCCUGAUCCGGGCGUGCAGUGGAUACUGUCUCAACGUGAUGCGCGGGUGCCUGGCCAGCCUCUCAGAGCUCCACUCCCCUUGGAGACAGUAUGUAGCUGUACUGCAGGAUCUCACGCAUAUGGUUGCUGGAGAGCAUAACCUGGAGCUCGCUCUGUUGAAGAUCAGAGGUCACAUUGAGGAAGCCAUACUCUAUGCUCAGCUGCAUGGGCCAAGGCUCACUGCCACGGUGGAUAAGGUAUGUGGCCACUCUUCAAACGUGUCAUCCACCACAGUCAGGACUUUUCCAUCGACUGCAGUCACACCUCCACCUGCCAACAACACACAGGAUGUUCCAGGAGCCGAUAAGAUCGGCAUUUUGGCGCAUCUUCACAGUUCACUCCCUCUGAAAUCCUCUAAGAGUGAUAGAGGUAGAAGUCUGAAAAAAGUUGCACGGGAGUUUGUAGGGCACAUCUCCCGAUAUAAGUCCUUCUUCGCCAUUCUUCCGGAGACGCUGUGUGAGGGGGAGAUGGGCGUGGACGAGCUUACAUGUUGGAGCGGAGACGACGUGGUGAAAAGUUAUAAUGGAAGAGUGGUGGGCAAUGGAGUCCAUGCUCAAAGGCAAAAUCCAGAAGUAAGGGUCAGAGGUGCUGACCCUGUGCUUUUGAAAGUCAAAGACAGGCUCGAGAAGUUCAACCAGGAGAUUCAAGAGUUCAUGCCAGGUGUGGGGUACAGAGAAUCCUGGGACGAUGACACCGGCAGUGGGGUGGACUCCAGUGGUGACUGUGAUGAUGAAGAUGGUUGUGAAGCUUCUGGAGAAUCCUUGGUCACACCCUCACUAACAGAAGAUGAUAUAUCCAAAAAAGUGAUGAAGGUUCCUUUCCAUGAGUCGCCCAUCAUCUGGAGUAAACCUGAAUCUGAUGCUUCACUUUCCAUGGCCAGCUUCAUCAACAUCAUCCUCACUCUGGGGCUACAGUUAUUUUUCAUCUGAAAGGCCUCAACUACACACACACACACACACACAUACACACACACACUGGUUACAUACAAACGUAGCUGAAUCUCACAAAGACGUGUCUGGGAAAUAUUUCACCUCUAAAAUCAAAUUCAUUUUUUAUAAAGAAAAUGAAGUCUGUUUUAGGACCAUUCAGAAUUUUUGCAUUGAAACAUUUUUAAUUAUUUGCACAUAUACGUGUGUCUAUAUAUAUAUAUAUAU